CGCGCUUCCGCAAAAAUGGCGGCGGCGGGUGGUGCGCGACUGGCCGCCUGGAGCGGAAGGCUGCGGCGCGGGCUGGCAGCCGGCUGGCGGGCCUGGCCCGGCCCGGGGCCCGUAGCGGCCGCGGCGGCCGGCGUGGCCCUGGCGGGAGCAGGAGCGACGUGGUACCACGGCCGCGUGAACGGGGCGGCGCCCCGGGGCGGCCUCACCGUCGUGGCCCAGAAAAACGUUGGCCUUGGAGAGCUGGGGAAACCGUCUCUUCGGAAGCAGCGCUUCAUGCAGUUCUCUUCCCUGGAGCACGAGGGGGAGCAUUUCAUGACGCCCCGAGACUUCCUCUUCUCAGUAAUGUUUGAGCAAAUCGAACGUAAAACUGCAGUCAAGAGGCUGACGAACAAGGAUAUCGAGGAUGUGCUGGCAGGAAUCAAAGGAGCUGGCCGUGGAUCAACUUUUUUUAGAGACCUUGGUGAUAAAGGGCUGAUUUCGUACACCGAGUAUCUUUUCUUGCUCACAAUCCUUACUAAACCACAUUCAGGGUUUCAUGUUGCAUUUAAAAUGCUGGAUGCGGAUGGUGAUGAGAUGGUUGAAAAAAAGGAAUUUUUUAAGCUGCAGAAGAUCAUAAGUAAACAGGAUGACUUGAAGACAGCAGUAAUUCAUGAAACAGAGCACCAGGAACCAACAGUGAAAGAACCUGAAAUUAACACAACCCUCCAGGUACGUUUCUUUGGAAAACGAGGAGAAAGAAAACUUCAUUAUAAAGAAUUUCGAAGAUUUAUGGAAAACUUACAGACCGAGGUCCAGGAAAUGGAGUUCCUUCAGUUUUCUAAAGGUUUGCAUUUCAUGAGAAAAGAAGACUUUGCAGAGUGGCUCCUUUUCUUCACUAACACUGAAAAUAAAGACAUUUACUGGAAAAAUGUGAGAGAGAAGCUGUCAGCCGGAGAGAGCAUUAGUUUGGAUGAGUUCAAGUCCUUCUGUCACUUUGCCACCCACCUGGAAGACUUCGCCAUCGCCAUGCAGAUGUUCAGUUUAGCGCAUCGCCCUGUCCGACUGGCGGAGUUCAGGAGGGCCGUGAAGGUGGCAACAGGACAGGAGCUCUCGGACAACAUCUUGGAUGCCGUCUUCAAGAUCUUUGAUCUGGAUGGUGACGAGUGUCUCAGUCACGAGGAGUUUCUCGGGGUGCUGCGGAACAGGAUGCAUCGAGGUUUAUGGGUAGCACAGCAGCUCAGUAUACACGAAUUCUGGAAAUGUGUGAAAAAAGAAAGCAUUAAAGGAGUGAAAGAAGUCUGGAAACAAGCGGGACGAGGUCUUUUGUAGAAAAGGAUAAUGUUGGAAUUGUAUUGCUCCGAAAGUCAGAGUUGGGGAUUUUUUUUUUUUUUUUUUAAGUACUAAUCUUCACUGGUUUCCUUUGUAAUAUAAAGAUGCCUCGUGUCUGCUUUCUGAGUCCGUAAUUUCUUCGUGAGAUUUCAUUGAAGAACUUAGUAAAAUGGAAAGAAAGUGUCCUUUAUAUGAACAGAUGCUGGGUCGUGUCAGGAGGCCUAGGAUUGCAGUCGCGCUUUGACGUUGAUGGGGUGGCUGCCCGGAUGGUCGCUGGUGUCCCGACACCACGGCGCAGGUGUGCUGAGGGGUCGGCGGUGCUUGCAGAGAGGGUUACCCACACCUGCCAGGAUCACUUCCGCAAGCCCUGCUCUUCCCGGGGGGGCAGGUGAAGUUAAAGCAGUCUGGGUUUCUCAUCUGUACCUUACGUCCAUCCCACAAACUUCUUGUAUAUUUUAUUGCAGUGACCUGUAUAUUGUCACAACAGUAAUAUGUAAAUUUCGGUAUUUUGUCUGGAAACAGAAUAAAGUCUUUGUGAAAGUGAAAA